AUGUUCAAUUUAGUUUCGCUACUUGUCACCGCGGCGCUGGUGUCGCUGCAAUGCUCCAGGCAAGCUUACGCACUCCUAGAAAGACCAAAGUUAAUUCAUCAUAAUAAUUUAGAAUCAAAUGAAAUCCCUACCCCUCGUCGAAGAGAGCUUCACAAGUAUGUGAAGAUAGACCAAGGACUUCCUGAAAUCAUCACUAAUCCAGAGUUACCACUUGUACUGCAGUGUGUGAUUUGGGGAAAACCUGCUCCCGUCGUAACCUGGCUGAAGAAUGGACUAGCAAUAACUGAUUUUGAAGAAGACUCUAACGAAAUAUUCAGUAGUCAUCCAACCAGCGUGGCAGGACUUAUGAGCAAACUAGUGGUACCUGCUCCAGCGAACGGCGAUGUUUACACGUGUGUGGGCACGGCUGGUUCUAAGCAGAAGACUAAUUCGACCACUAUUUACACAGAUGAAGAUUCCGAAGAAUUAGAGCUACCAACAGCACCACUCAUCACGGCAUACUACAACAGCAUUCUGCAGGUGAUGGGCUCCAGCAUCACACUGCCUUGCCGGCACUACAGCCCAACGAAAGCGCAAGUCUACUGGUUGGACAGGGAUGAGGAACUCAUCUUUGACAAUUCCAGAAUGAGGGUACUGCCUUCUGGUGAUUUGCACAUCAAGGACUUAUCUUUUGAAACAGAUAUGGGUCAAUACACCUGCACCGUCAAGAAUAGCUAUGGCACGGACACGGCGUCAACGUUUCUGUAUGUUCUUCGGGGUUAG